AUGCUUCUCAAGGUUUUUCUCCUGGUCUUCCUGGCCACCCACUACUUGGUAGAGUCAGCGGAUUCCCUUUCCAAUAUUGCCAGCGAAAGUGAACACAAAUCGCUCGAGGAGAAUUUACCUCCGGCGGUUCCCUUCGAAACAUCACACAAACAUCCGGGUGCCGUGGAUUGGGAGGAGGGAUUCCAAACCUCCCACAAAAUAAGCAUAAGGGCCGCCGAUUCUGCUGACUAUUCGAUGAAUCUGCUGCCCACUAAAGAGCGACCCGAAUUGAACCCCGUUUUGAGUGCGCUCAUUAACGAAGAUGUUAUGAAGAGCAUCGAGGCUAAAAGAGCCAUUGAAGAAGAGGAACUGGCCGAGGUUAGGCGUGAAAUUGAGCAGGCCGCCGUGUCGGAGUUGGCCCAAAAGAGGGGUUUUACCACCACCGAGGCACCUGCUCUACUAUUGACUACUUUGCCCACAGUUGGCAAGAAGAUCGAUAACUUGGAUGAGGAUAUCGUCGUGGAUCCUCACGAAGAUUUUAUCAACCAAAAUUUUGCCCUGGAGAGUGCGGGCAGUGAGAACAACAAGAAAUCCCGGAUAGAGAUUAAAAAGGGACCCAAUGGCCAGGACUACGAGUACGAGUAUGUCUAUUACUACGAAGAGGACGAAGAGCCAAGCAAGGUUGAUCCAUCCGCUGAGCCCGAGACGCGCGGCAAGACUAGAUACACCAAUAUCGAGAGGAGCACGACCGCCACUCCGAGUGGAAAUAGCCUCCAGAGUGGCAAGGCCAAGGGAAGGUCCUCUGAUACCUCUGAAGAUAUCGAGGCUGAACGCCUUCCAAUGAUCACCCGUUUUCCCAGUCGUGGCAAGAACAUUGAAGUGCCACCAACACCAGCCCUCGAUUCUUUGGAAAUCGCUGCCGAGCGCAAAAAGAUUAGUGUUAAGCGCCCCAGUUUGGAGUUGGUGGAUAGUGCUACCUUUAACACGGACGAGAAACAGACCAAGGCGGCUCGCAAGGGUGAAAACGAACUGAAACCAGUGAUUGCUAUCGAACAGGAGGAGGCAGCUAGAAAGAAAGUGCAACAGGCCAAGGAGGAGCAAGCAAGGAAAGAGAAGGAGACCGAGUUGUCAGUCGAUCAGGAGGAUUUGGAGCAGACCACGCCGUCGAUGGAGAAGGCCGCUCUAGAUCUCUAUGCCAUAUUGACCAAUGAAAACCUUAACAACGAACAAACCACUGUGAUUCCGGAUACCAUAGGUUCGGAGGGCUUUACCACUUUUGCAACUGAAACUGCCAGUACUGAUGAGGAUGAGGCCGGUGGCCUGACCACUCUGAUUAAUGAGAUUUCAUCGACUACCACCACCACGACGGCCGCCACGACCACCACGACUACAACAACAACGGAACCAACUACAACAACCUCCACCACCACAACAACCACGGCUGCUCCCUCUCUUUUCGGUGGCAGGAGAGCCGGCUUGAGUGGUUUGGGCGGACGUAAUCGCUUUAAGUUAAACAAGGCUGAAGGUGGCAGCACCACCACUAGCACCACUGAGGCACCGGUGGCUACAGAAACCAACAAGACUGGUAGAAAUCGUUUUUCGCGCCCCUCGAUUGGAGGGCGUUCUCGUCCCGGAGCUCGCACCACCGCAGCACCAGAUGCCACUUCUACAGCCGCCCCUGCGGCCGAGGAGGGGGUAGUGGUUGCCAAGGAAGUAAAGCCUGUCAGCACGUCUUUCGCACGAGGCAGACCUCGCAACCGCUUCAACUUGCGCGUCUCAACCACCACUGCGCGACCCAGUGAGGAAUCUCCCGCCGAAGAUGACACCCCCGCCGAAACCCCCUCUACCACGGCAAGAAGCACAUUGAGGGCUCGUCCCGGACUGGCAUUACGUGGACGCAGUCGUACAACCACUACAAAGGCACCCACCAGUGCAGAGGGUGCCGAGCCGGUAGAGAGCAGCCCCACCGCUAGUUCGGAGGACGCCAAGUCCGGUUCAACCUCGCCUUCUACCGGGGAACCAGUGCGUCCGUCCCGCUUUAACCUUCACCGCGCCGGUGGCAACCGCCUGCUGCCCCGCGGAAAAUUGGGAAGAUCGGGAGUCAGCACGGAAGCGCCCAAGGAAACGCCAGCUGCCGAGGAUUCCGCCGCCGAGAGCAGCAGCCAUCUGAACGACGUCAAAGAGGAGCAGACGGCCGGUGGCGAGCCAAGCGAAAAGGCGAACGAGGCAGGUGAUUCUACCGCCGAGGCUCCAGCGGCUCCUGUUUCCGGGUUAAAUCGUCUUAGAACCCGACCACGUCUCAACGCCCUAACGCAUAAGACUGAUGCGGUUAAGCCCAAGGCAUCCGCAGCCCCCGCCCCCGCGCCAAGGAAGAUUAAUCCCUUGUUGGCUAAGCGACGACUCCAACUGGGAGCCACUUCCACCACAGAGUCCCCCGCUGAGGAGGAGCAUUUAUCGCCGGACUCCUCCGCGGAGCAGGCCGACAAGGAGGAGUCGCCCGCCGGAGGAAGCAGCGAGGCGGGCGCAGAAGGCGCCGGAAAGCCGGAGCAUGAAACCACGGAAGCGACGGAGGCAACAACUAAGCAGCAGGCCCGUGGCCUGGGACUUUUGGGACAGCGUCGUCGUCUGCCGCUCCGCAAGCCCGGAACGAUCCUGUAAAGCAACAAAUUGCCAUCUACCCGUUUGAAUCCUGUAAUGAUUACUUGCCCAGAUUUACUGCAGCAUACUCCUAGAAUUGGGCUGGGUGGCCCACACAAGCGAUAAUAACAUUUAACAAUUGUUUGAUAUAUGUACUUUUUUUAAGUUUUCUACUCCUCGUACUUUACCUUCCAAAAACUCGUUAGCUUUGUACACAUAUGCCUUUAAUUAAAAUACUGAUAGAUGCGGAUAUUCUAUGUAAGUAAGAGUAACCCUUACGUCAUUAGAAAAAGUCACCAAAAGGAAAAACAUGGAGCGACCCCAGGAACGAGGAGAUCUAAGCCACUCGUAGACCACUAAGCACCAAGUACCCGAAAAAUAAAAAAACUAUGAUAUGAUUGCCCUCAACCUUACGAAUGUGUAAAACCUAACCUUAUCCCCUCCUUUCCCUAUUAUCCAA